UUACGUUCAGUGAAACGUCAUCAGCAGGCGACAGCUCGUUGUCUGUUACGCAGUUGUUUAGUUUGUUGAAAUUUUCCACCAUAGAGUUUCCGUUUAAAGUCUCUUUUUAAACCCCGCGUCUCGCCGACACUUACCGGGAGCUUCCAGCGGCAGCAGCGGCCUCCUCUGGCCGGGAUCCGAGCUCCGUGGACCGGUGCGAUCGCUACUUUGAGGCUCAGGAGCAGUUAGCAUCGUUAGCUCAGAUUAACUACAGUGUGUCAGAUUAAUAAUCCAGUGAGCGUUUGAUUGUUGUAUGUUCGAUGGAGUAUCCCGGAGGAGGAGGGGGUGGGGCGGUGCUUCCCGCUGGAAGCGUCCCGGCCUUCCUCACUAAACUGUGGACUCUGGUUGAAGAUCCAGACACGGACCCGCUGAUCUGCUGGAGCCCGAGCGGAAGCAGUUUCCACGUGUUUGACCAGGGUCGCUUCUCCAAGGAAGUUCUGCCAAAGUUCUUCAAACACAACAACAUGGCGAGUUUCAUCAGACAACUUAACAUGUACGGUUUCAGGAAGGUGGUCCACAUCGAGCAGGGCGGUUUACUGAAACCAGAGAGAGACGACACCGAGUUCCAGCACCCGUUCUUCAUCAGAGGAGAGGAACAUCUGCUGGAGAACAUCAAACGUAAAGUCAACGUGUCCUCAGUGCGUCCGGACGAAGUGAAGAUCUCCACAGAAGAAGUGAACAAGAUCCUGAGCGACGUUCAGCUGAUGAAAGGAAAACAGGAAACCAUCGACUCCAGGAUCAACACCAUGAAACAUGAGAACGAGGCUCUGUGGAGGGAGGUGGCCAGUCUGAGACAGAAACACUCCCAACAACAGAAAGUUGUCAACAAGUUGAUCCAGUUCCUGGUGUCUCUCAUCCAAACCAACAGGAUCUUGGGAGUGAAGAGGAAGAUUCCACUGAUGCUGAACGACUCCAGCUCCGCCCACUCCCUGCCCAAAUAUAGUCGUCCGCUCUCACUGGAGCACAUGCAGGCUGCAGCCAGUCUCCUUUCUGCCGACUCACCCAUCUCUUCUGGACCCAUCAUCUCUGACAUCACUGAGUUGACCUCGCCUAUUACAGAGGGCGUGGCCAGUGAUUGGACGGACGCAGGUGAGAGUCAGUCGGUUGACAUCAAAGAUGACCUGCCCAGUCCUGAUGUGGAGGUGUGUCCUGUUCUGGAGGGUGGAGGCACACCUGUGGACACGCCCCUCUCUCCCACCACCUUCAUCAACUCCAUCCUGCAAGACAACGAGACACAGCCGACCGCCAACCCGACACCAGCCAUUGUUGAGAUGAGCUCCGCCUCCUCUGGGCCCCUCCCACCUGCCCCAACCAGCCAAUCAUCUUCUCCCUUGUCCAGCCUCAUUUCAGGCUCCCCCCCAACUCAGCGGAAAUGCCAGACCAUCGCCUGCAUCGACAGACCCCUCCCCCCUCCCUCUGCAGGUGGAUUCUCACCUGACAUUUGGCGCUUGGUAUCAUCGUCAGCUGACAAGAGUGAGUUGUGCAGCCAUGUGGACACCGUGGACAACAGUCUAGAGAACCUGCAGACCGUCCUCAAUACACAGACGUUCACCUUUGACACGAUGCCGCUGCUUGAGUUCUUGGGUUCUUCUUCCUCCUCUGGGGAGUUUGACCUCGACAGUUUGGACAACCUGUUGUCCGAUGAACUUCCUAAAGACGCUGGUGGAAGCAGCAGCAUGAGUGACACAGGGAAGCAGCUGGUGCAGUACACAGCCACACCCCCGGAGGCCGAUCUGCCGUCCCUGCUGGAGUUGGCCGAGCCUUUCCUCAGUCCAGACCCACCCACCGACGACCCCGCGGCUGCCCUUCUAAGCCACACCCACCACGACUCGGACCUUUGAUGACUCAUCAGUAACCACAGCAACAGGCCGAGCACCGACUCAGCAGACGAGGAAAUCAACUCAUCAACGAUAGAUCGAUCAAUAGAUCAGAGUUAGUUUUUAGUCUGCAAGUUAUUGAUCAUCUGUCUGUGUGUGUGUGUGUGUGUCUCUGUGUGUGUGAGAGUGUGUGUCGUCUUCCGCUCCUUUUAUUUUAGGUUUUUUUUGUUGCUUUUAUUAAAGUUGACACUGAAAAAAAAGAGCAUGUGGGUGUGGCAUGGCGGAUGAUGUCACAGGAGGGGGCGGGGCCACCUGCAUGUAAUUUGUGUAAAAUAGAGACACCAACGAGAAUCGGAAUAUUUUUGGAAAAGUUUAUAAGAAUAAUGAGUCGUCACCCGUCGCCAUGGAAACCAUGUUGGAUCGAUAUGAUUGAUCAGGUUUUCAGCCUUGAUGUGUGAUUGAUCCACAUUAAAGUUAUUUAUCGCCUCA